AUGGGGCUUGUGUGGAGGGCCGCGAAGAUGCUUGAUGCGUCAUGGCACGUGGCUUGGGCCGCUGGUACUGAACUGGCGUUCAUUCACGCUAGCAGCAGCACGGUGGGGUACCGACCGCAUGUGCGCUCCACCACGCUCGCUCAUCUCAUUGCCACCAACUGCGGUCCCCUCAUGCUCCCCAUCCUCCCCAUUCGAGAUCGCGUUCGGGACAAGGUGGAGGAGGCGUUUGGCAUGCAGCUGGGGCUGCUGGUGGAGUUCACGGGGAUCAUCAGCUGGCUGCCUGGCGCCACCAUUGGCUGGCAUGCUGACGACAACAGGCCUUACCUCAAGCAACGCGCAUUCGCUGCAGUGUGUUAUCUGGACGAGUAUGGCAAGGACUUCGAUGGAGGCCUCUUCAGGUUUCGACAGGGCCAUCCUCACACUGUCGCUCCCAAGCCCGGGCGACUCGUGGCAUACUCGGCUUCAGGGGAGAAUGAGCAUUGCGUUGAUCCUGUCAUUCGAGGUCAACGCCUCACCCUCACUCUCUGGUUCACACUCGAUCCGUCACACAGUGAAGACCUCUCCCUCCUCACCCUCCUCUCUCGCAUCCCCCUCUCCCUCCACCAUCCCUUCCCUCGCAUUACCCUCAACCCCCCUCUCACGGGGGAUGUGGGAUCUGGGAAGGGCCCUGAAGCUGGCAAGAAGGCCGAAGUGGAAGCUGUAUCUGAGGACAGGGGCGUUAGGGAAGGGGUAUGUGGGGCGAACCAGCAGCACUUGGCAUCUGAUGGGCUUGGACAAACAGGUUUGGGGGAGCUGAAUGGGGGGGCGUCAGAGGGGAAUGAGAAAGAGGGGAGCGGAGGGGAUGGAGUGAUGGAAAGGUCAAAGAGGAGGCGCGUUUGCAGAUCAUCAUGCUCGCCCUGUGGCUGUGAGGCCGUGACAUGUGUGCAUGUUGACACGGAAGCUGGCAAUGAGGCAGUGCUGGUGCCCAUACCGCUUGUGGCGUCUAAUUCUCUGUAUCUCGUGCAGAAGGAAGGGCAGGGGAAACUGGGAGAGGGGGAGGAUGGUGAAGUGGAAGGAGGAGAGAAGCAGGGAGGGAGCGAGUGUGGCAGGGAGGGGCAGGGAGAGGGAGAGGUUGAUAUACGGAUACAGGAGCUAGCCAGUAUGGGAUGGAAGGCUGUUCCAUUUCUUCAAAGCAACUGCAUUGCCACGAUGCAGUCACCUCCUGGAAGUGAUGGCGCAGGGUUAGUAAAGACAGAGUCUGAGUGGGUGGCGUUAGUCCCUAGUCCCAGUCCGAGAAGAGACGAGACAAGCCCCUGCCUUCAAUGUCCGGUUUCAGAACUAGGAAAGGGUGGAAAAAAAGCAGGAGAGGUGGAGAAGGAUGUGGCAGGGGGGAAGGAGAGGCAGGGGCAUGAGGCCGGAAUUCGUCAAGAAUGCAUUGGUGGUGAUUAUCGUGAGGGGUGUGAUAGCAGAGGGGGAGGAGGGCGAGGGGACUCCGUUGGGGAAAAAGCACGUGUCCUGGCGUCACCGGUUGUGUUCUACAAUAUUCUGCAUGCUUUACAGCUGAAGCAAGUGACGAGCGGAGGGAGGUCGCAGAGAAUGGUGGUGAAGCAGCAGGGCAACGCAAGAAACGAAAGAGACAGUCCGCCGCGGGUCUGGGAGCAAGAGCCGUUGCUCUCCCCGUAA